AUGGCCGACUCAAUAACAUCCCACUCCCACACCCUCACAGCCCGCCCGUACAUGUUCCCCCCCGAGACGCGUGACCCGCGCCUCUCAGCCGUGGUUUCCCGUCUGAGCGAUCUCCCUGCCGAGAUCCGACUCAGCAUCUUUGAGCACGCCUUCCGCGGCAACCGCGUCGCCGUCACCGCUCAAUCAGGCUGCUACUGUGCCUCGAGCACGACGGGCCCUUACCGCGCGGACCACCAAUGGCUGCUGAAACUCAACACCGCGUCCUCGUCAAGUCCUACGUCCUGGCGACAACUGCAAGGCGAGGCCCAGCGCGCGUUCGUCCAGAUUGCGCUCUGGGAACUGCAUUGUAAGCGUGCGAUGGUGGCGUUCGUGCGCAGGAUGGCCAUGCUGCGUUAUCUGGGCGAGGUGCGUCAUCUGCGGCUGAGCGUGGAUGAGGUCGAGGUCGAGGUCAAUGUCGAUGCCGAGGUUGCGCAUGACCAUACCGACGCCCGGACCGACGUCGAUCUGCAUGUCUACGACAACGUCUGGAACCCACAGCGCGAUCUCGUCGUGUUUCCGAACUUACGGUCCGUGACGUUCGCGCCCUGGGAAAAGGGCUGGACCAUCACGAUCCCCGAGCGGCUUGGGUCCCGCCCUCUCUGGGACGAGAAUGUCAUGCCGAGGAUGUGGCGUGUUUUGGAGUCCAAGGAAGCGUAUAGGCCCCUGAGGGAGACUUUCGCGGAUAAAACCCGGGGGUAUACGUUGUAUUUCGUCUUUCCCAUUUGUUUUCAUCUGCCGUCGUCGCAGCCGCAGUCGCCACCGCCACGGCGACGGCCACGGCCACGGGAAGGAAAUGCCAAUCUUGACGUGGACGCGCCGAGGUCACCACUACCUCGGUGGCAGCUGUGCGUUUGGCGAGCGAAUCUGGAUCAUGGGAUCAUCGAGCGAGAUUGGCGAGAGAUGCACCUCGCGCAGGAGGCCACGUUGGAUUGA